AUGAAUAGGUUUAAUGAAGAUGUUGAAGAUCACUAAAAUAUAGAAUUUGAUGAAAAUUCUGACUAGAAGUCAUUUUAGUUUUAUGAUGGUGUAAAUUAGAAUUUCAAUUUAGUAGAUGAAAGUGAUCUCUAGUUAUAAGAUGAUAUCAUUCAUUUGAAUGAACAACAUCUUAAAGAUAAAGAAAAAUAAAAUUUUGAAACAAAAAACAAAUGUUAAGAAAAUUGUGUAUAUAAUCGCAAACAUUUAUAGAAGUUAGUUGAAGAAAGUUUAAAAGAAAAAUAUGAAAGGUACUUCUUUUUCUAUUUUGCAAAGCCAAUCAACGAAAUAUUAAGCAAUAGUCCAGUGCAUCAUGUUGUACUUUUUAAAGAAUAUUUAUUUAUUGACGAUAACACUGAAUAUGCAAAAAGAUUUUAUUUUGAGCAUGAAACAAAGUAGAGAAUAGAAUAGCUUGCUAACUUUUACAAAAAAGUCUAUCCACCUAUUCGUCCUAAUUAUUUUGGAUGUCUAAAAGCUUUUAAUGAUAUCAUUUAAUAAAACAAAUAUAAUUUAGAUGAGUUAUACUACAAGUAGGUUAAAAAUAAACAGGUUUCCUCAUCUGAUUGUAAUAAUUUUAAAUAAGAUGAAUUACAUUUAGAGAACAAUGGAUCUAUUUAUGGAUAUUAGUUGGAUAUUUAAAGCGAUUCAAAUUUUACAGAGUCAUAAUUACACAAAGAAAAUAUUAACUAGUCCAGUUCAAACAAUUUAAAUAGUUUUUAAAAUGAAUAGUGUGAUAAUAUUUAAAAUGAAUAAGGAUAAAAUAAAAUAUAAUCUUAAAUUAAAACCAAUCAAUAGUAAAAAAACAAUGAAAGAAAUUAAAUUAAUUUAAAUUAAUAAAGAAAUAAUUUUCAAAUGCUAUCUUUACCUAAGAAGCUGCAUUAAGAAAAUCAAAAUGACAGUCUUAUUGAUUAAAGCAAUUAGUCUUUGAGUAGCAAUUUAGUUUAGCUUGAAGAGGAAGAUGCUAAGACAGAUAAUUAAGUUAAGGGUAAAAAUUACCAAGGCAUACCAUAAAUAGACUAAAAAGAAUAACAAUGUUUUAUCAAUAAUUAUAAUACUGAGUCUUACAAAAAGAUGAAAAAUGAAUCGCCUGAUGAUAGGGUUAAAUUUAAUUAAUUAAAUUAAAUACAAUUUUCAGGGUAAUGUCAAGUGAGAGAACUGGCAAAUUCCUAAAACAAAAAAGAAAGUAAUUAACAUUAAGAUAAAAAAAUUGAUAAUAAGAAUAGAGCUAACUAUAACUACUUCAAAAACAAUGAAAAUAUACCAACACAUUAAUAAAACAUUUAAAAAACUGAAGAAGAAAAAGAUAAUAUUUAGUUUAAUAAUAGUCAUAGUUAAUGUGAUGAGCAAGAUGACUUUGAGGAUAUGCUCAAUAUCCUUCACAGUUAAAAUCUAAAAAAAUUCGAAAAUAUUCAAAAUAUCGAAUUUGAAGGCUAAAAUGAUUUUAGCUUGCAUUCUAAUGAGUUCAUGGAUCAAGAUAAUUUUGGAUUUGGAAAUUAAAGUGAUGGAAUUUAUUGUGAUAAUUAAAAAUUUUACUAGAAGUAUCUUGAUAAAUAGAAUGAUAACUUAUAAACAUAGAAUGACUAGUUGUUUGCCUAAGAAAAUUAUGAACAUGAACAAAGAGAGCAAUUUUACUAAGAUCUUAAGUAAAUUGAUAAAAGUAGCCAAUAAUCUUAGAGUGAUAUAGAGUAGCAAGAUAAUGAUGAAGAUUAUCUUAGCAGCUAAAGAUCUGAGGAGGAUUAAAAUCAUAACAAUAUUUUUGGAGAAAAUUCAUUUAUGAAGUAACUAAAUGAAUAUGAGAUAGAAAAUAGCUUUGAAACUGAUACUUUUGAUGUUUAUAACCCUUAAUUUAGCUCAGAUUAACGUUAAAAAUCGCCAAGUUACUAGUUAUAGCAAGAAGAAAAGAAUCUUUUCAAGUAAGUUAGUGACUUGUAGGAUAUAGAUGAUUUGAUGGAAAGAUAUGCAAUAGGGGAAGAAGGUUAAGAAUUUGUGUGCAGAUGUGCUGAAUUUGCUUAAAAUAAGCAAAAUAAUUCGAAUAAAUUAUUUGAAGAGCAAGAAAAAGGUUACUUUUAAAGAAUAGAAAAUACUAAGGAAUAAAGAAACUUUUUAAAAUAAGAUUGCAAUAGUCACAGAAGUAAAAAUAGUGAUAAUAGUAACAUUAAUUUGUAGCAAUUAGUAGGUUAAAUUGAUAAUGGCUAGAUUAAAAAAGCUGCUUCAACUUCUUUAUCUAAAUUAAAGAAUCACUCCAGCACUCCCUCAAAUUAAAAUAAUAAUCCUUCCUGUUCUUCUAUGAAAUCAUCUCAACAUCAGCAACAACUUUAGCCUGAAGAUUAUCAGUUUUAAUUAUUACAGCAAUCUCUAUAACAACAAAUUUAGCAAUAGCAAACAUAUAUUUAAUAAAAUAAUGGAUAAUAAAAAUAAAAGUCACCUGUAAAAAAGUAGCAAUUUUCUGAACAACAAAAAUAAAUAACAGAUUCAUCUCCUGCAGAGAAACUAUAUGAAAAGGACUAUGUAUAGCUAAGCCCAAUAUUAGCACAAAAAAGCUAAAACUUCAAUGAGAUGCUAUAAGUCUAGAUAUAAAACUAGAUGAUGAUAAAAUAAAAGUUGGAAAAGCAAAAAGGAGAUAAUUUGAAUAAUAAAAUCAUUGAGUAGAACUAACAGUACUUUUCUAAUUACGAUUUAAAAAUUGAUGCAAAUAGUUAAUACAAGCAAAAUUAAUUGCUUCAGCAAUCCCAAACUUCUAAGCUUUUAAUAAACUAACUUCAGCAAUCCUAUUCAAAUAAAAACAUUUAGAAUCCAAAUGUUUCUCUUACAAAUAGUAAAAAUAUGAAUAGCAAUAAUAUUAGCAACAGCAAUAACAAUAAUAAUUCUAAAAUAGACUAAAACUCUUAAAUUUAUUAAUCAAAUAUGCAAUUUUAAUAGCAGUAAACAAAGCCAUUUUACAAUAAUACAUAGAAAAAAUUGGCAAGCCAAUUAGUUUUUCAAAACAAUUUGUUAAAUUAGUAAAAUUAAAGUAGCAACUAACAGCAAAAAUUCUUUAAAUAAAAUAAUGAGUUAAGCAUGAACAGCAAUUAGUAAUAAAACGCUUCUUUGCAACAAGGAAUUAACUCUCAGGGAAUAGAUUCAUCACCAUCAAUAGUUGCAAGCAUAAUUAAAUAGGGACAGAAAUCAAAUGAAGCUGGGAAUACGAAAAAAUCAUAAAAGAAACUAAAUUAAAAUGAGCAAUAGAAUUAGUCCUGCUAAAAUAAUUUUUAGUAGAGUUCCAAAACCAAAAUAAAUUCAAAUAACUAGCCAUAAAAUAAUUUCCAUAUAAGUCCUUUAUAAUCACUUCAUUAAAUUUCAGGAGCAUCAAAUAGCUAAUAAUAAGUUAUCAAUUAAUCUAAGAAUAAUUUGCAAAAUAAAAGCAAUAACUUCUCUCAGCACAAUAUUAAGAAUAAUUUAAGUAAAGGCCAUAAUCCUUCACCCUAAUAGCAAUUAAAUAUUUUAGCUUUAAAUUAAUAGAAUUUUAAUGAAAAGAGCUAGUCUUAUAAGGCAUACAAUUAAAUUUCUUCAUAAUAUAGCAACAACUAAAGUAAAUUAGACUUAAAGAAUACUACUUCUUCUUUAAUCGCAUCUGCCACUCCUUCUCAGAAGGGUUUAAGUAAUUAAUAUUAGAAUUAGUUGGUUACUUCUCAGCCUAAUCCUUCAAGUUCUUCAAAAAGCAGAGCUAAGAUGCAUGGUAAGGAAUAAAGAAAUAUCAACCAGAAUAAUCAUGGAAGCUGCAGCCUUUCAAACAUCAAAAAGUAAAAUGCUUCAAACUAGCUAGAGUGUUAAACAUUAUGUUUAUAAACUAAUUCUUUAACAAAAUCUCAUCACAUCCCUUCUCAAACAGAAUAGUUUCAACAAGAUAAUGUUUAAUAAUUUUAGUCUCCUAGCGAUUUAAACAAUUUGACACACAGUAAGAAUAACCCAAGCAAUCAAAUGGCAGGAGAAAAAAAGAAUAACGAACAAUCUCUUAUAAUUUUUGGAAGUUAGCAUUAAAAAAUUGAGUAAUAGCACUACUAGUAUACUUCACCUCCUUAAAAGCGUUAAUAUGAUAACAAAUCUAUGUCUCUACUUGGAGCAAACAAUAAAUAAAUAAACAAAUCUAUUUCUCACUCAACAAACUUUUUUUAGAAAGAUGAAGGAGGAGUAAGAAAUUCUUAAGCACAAUAAAGUACCAUCAAAAUGAGAGACUCUUCAAAGAAAAACUCUGAUAUAAUGCAAGUAAUAGGAUCAACUAUUGCAAAUGAAAGUAAUCAAAAUAUUGCUUUGAUAAAAUAAGCAUCAAAAGAAAACAUUACUCAAAAAUCAGACUAAAAUAAUAAAAUUCAAAAUUCUAUUUUAGCAUCAAAUUAAAAUAAUAAAUUAAGAGCGUUAAAUAUCGAAGUUCAAAGAAGAAUAAGCUUAAAGCAUCAAAUAAUUAAGGAAAAUAAUCUCUUUAUUGGAACUCAUAAAAAUGUAUCCAUAGAUAGAGACUCAAUACCUUCAACAAGUUAAGAUGGAUAAAUUCAGUCUAGAUUUGAUUAAUUUAACAUUUCAAGAAAACAAAACUCUAUGAAAAUGAAUUAAAAGAGAUUUCCUCAUUUAAAUAAUUCUGUUGGAGAUCCUUCUUCAAUAGAUAAAAAAUAAGAUAUUAGCAAUGUUGUGUCCAUUCUCGAUUCAAAUAGGGAAAUGUAAUACAGCAAUAAUCCUCAUCAUAAUUAGAUUGUAUAGCAGUUGCUUGCCUUAAACUAAAUUAAUCCUCCUAUUGCUGACUAAGGAUUUAAAAAAUCUUCUUAAAAUUUCCUUCAUGCAGCAAGUAAAAAUAGUAAUUAAAAUAUAAUCGAAUCAGCUACUAAAUUAGCAGCAAACGUAUAUUCUUAAUCCAGCCAUAAAAACAUUAAAAAUAUCCAAAACCAUAUUAUAAAUUCUGGAUCUAGUUAAGUCGCUAACUAAUAUAACUAUAGCCGUUCAUUUGUUUAGACAACUAAUAAUAAUCCUACAACUAAUUUAAAUUAAUGUUUGACUUCCUAACAAAACAGUCGGAUUAAUUCCCAAGAAAAAGUAUUUUCUCGAUUAAAUAAAAACAAAUCCUUAGAUGAAAACCUAAAAAAAAAGAAUAGUUAAAGCAAUAUAUUAAAUUAAUCAAAUGCACAACAAAUAGAUAGCAAUAGCACUGCAUAAAGAUAAUAAUAGUUUAAUUCAUUAAGUAACAGUUUACCAAAUAAAAAACUUAAGUAGCAUUAUUAUCCUUUAUCAAAUACUACUUCACAAUAUUAAGGGCAUGCAUAAGCAGCUUCACAUCCAAUUUUCAUGUCACCUCAGUUCAAAAACCAAAAUAACACUUUUUAAAACUCAGAUUAAUUCUAAUUAGAUAACAGUAAUGCCUUUAAUAGAGCUGCAACAUAAAACACUGCCCAAACAGUUUCUUAUUGCAAUUAAAAAUAAAAUUAACAGCUAUUCGAUACUGAUUCAACUCAAAUAAGUUAAAUGACAUUACAACAUAAAAAUAGAACCAAGUAAAAUAUAAUACCCUUCAAUUCAUAGAUUUCAUCAUCACUAUAGCAAUCACUGUAAUCAAGCUAUUAAUUUAAGCAAACUGCUUAAAAUUCAUAAAAUCAAUUCGAUGAAAUUCUGAUGAUAGAUAACCCAAUAUCUUCUCCUAGAUUUAAGAAAAUAAAAUCAAUAGAUAAAAUAUUUAAUUAACAUGAGCAAUUACAGCAAAAUAUUAACGAAAAUGUAAGCCCAAGUAAAUCUUCAACUCCUUCUCAAAGUAAUACUUCUAAUCAACAAUAUAUUGCAACUUUUAGCAAUUUAAAUGAAAAAGAAAAGCAGAGUUCUGGAAAUAAAAAUAACAUUAAAUAAAGCUAAAAAAAAUAGCACUUCCAUUAUAAUAACACUGCUAAUUUAAAUUUAAAAAAGAAUAAUUUCCUGAAAUAGUAAGAAGCAUUAAGAAAUAGCUAGCAAUAAUAAUUUUCUAUAGGAGAUGGAUUAAGCCAAAAUAGCUCAUAUGGCUUUUUAACAUCAAGAUCUAUGAAAAAAUCAUUAAAAGAGGGAUAAGCUUCAUAAAAGAUCUAAGUUUAAGAAAGUCCUUAUAAUAUGGAUAACAUUAAAGAAACAAGUAAAUCUCUUUAACAAUAACAAUAGUAACCAUAGUUAAAUUACAUUCUAAAUAACCAAAAUAAUUUCAAAUAAAAUAAUAACAAUUUAAUUAAAGCAAAAUAAUACCAGUAUAAUUAAAAAUAAUUGCUUAAUUAGAUUGAAAAUUAUGAAGAUGGCCAAGCUUCUUCUAGAUAAGAAUCUAUAAAUAAUAUCAUUGAACCUAACAAAUUUUUCACAUAAAAUGUGCAAGGAAAUACAGAAUUUCGAAAUUAAGAUUAAGAAUAUGGUUAAUUAUUGAUUCAAUAGUAGGUUUAACAAUAACAACAAAACUAAAACUCAAAUUAAGUGAUUAUAAACUUAUAAAUUUAGUAAUAUCCUUCUGCAUACAUAAGUUAGUCUUAAUUUUAAGGCUCAUAAAUGAAUGUAAGAAAUUAGUAAUAAAUGAGUAUCUUAAAUUAAAAUAUAGAUUUUAAUUAGCAUAAUACUCACCCUAACUAAUACUAACAGUAAAUAAGUGAAAAUUAUAGCAAAAUUAAGAAUGAUUUAAAGUAAAAUGCAUUAGAUAUAAUUAAAACUCAAAAGAGAAAGAAGUGA